AUGGCUUCCGUCACCCGUUCCUCGCGGCGCGCUGAAGCUCCGCACCCGCAUCACCACCUGACGCCCCCAGCAGGAGUAUUCGCACAUGCCCAGGGAGGAGGAGGAGGGCGCAACAAGAGGGCACUCGACACUAACGAUCGCGAUUUCGAUGCGAUCAAACCGAAAAGAACGCGAUUUACAGUCGAGAUCUUCGCAAAGGGCACUCACGGACUCCGUGAUGCCGAUAUCGACAACAACAAAGCGGCACCACCCACGCGCAAACCUUCUGCGACGCCUACAGUGGCGACUGCGACACCAAUACCCCCUCCUGCUACGAACGACAGCACGACAUCGAAGCCGAAGCAGGAGCACACUCUGACAAAACACCAGAGCAAAGUUAUCAAUGGAAUCAAACAUGAACUCGAUCGGUUGCAGCCUCAGCCGAGCGAUACUAAUACCCAGGAGCAAGGCCGCAAGCUGCGCUCUCAGGAAGCUACAAGGUUCAAAAGCGAACUUUCUGCCUAUUUUCCUGAAUACGAUGAGGUGAUUGGGAAUGAGCCCAAGGAGCAGCAAUUAUUCAAUGUUGACACGCCCAUCGUAAUCGUUGAUUCCGAUCCACGACGCGCCGUUUCAGAAAAUCAACGCGCGAUCCCACAAACUCACCACCCCGCAAUUGAAUAUCCUGUACGAGGAUACGGCGAUGCCCUCUUCUACAAUGUAUUCGAUUGUCAGCAAGUCGAUCUAGGUUUUCUAGAAUCGCAGUCGAAGAACAAGACCAUUGAAGAUCCUUUACCAGAUAGACUAUUCCAGCCAAUACAUCGUCGUGCUGAGCGGCUGGAGAGAUCAAUACGUAACACCGAGAAAGGCAGAGCACAGCACGAAAGGGACCAAAUUAUCCGACUUCUCGAAGGACUCCAAGGCCAUGACUGGUUAAGAGUCAUGGGCGUCAGUGGUGUGACAGAGACGAAGAAGAAGACGUUUGAGCCUGCUCGUAACCAUUUCAUCAAAGGAUGCCAGGCUAUCCUUGACAAGUUUCGAAACUGGGUGUUGGAAGAGAAGAGACGGAAGAUGGAGAAAGACAAGGCCCGGGCUGAGAAGGAAGAAGAGGAAACCUCUUCAAGCGUCGAAGAAGAUGAAGCUGGCGAUGAUAGCGAGAAUGGUGAUGCAAGCGACUCAGAAUCACCAGCAAAGCAACUGCAAGAGGAGGCCAUGGCAAGAUCCAAGAAUGCCAAAGGUUCAAAGAACCGAAAAUCGACUCCUCAACCAGCUGUAGCAAAAAUCCCGCGUCCUGUGAAAGCACCACCGGCUCCAAGGCCGCCAGAACCACCCAAGGAGUUCAAAUCGUUCUUCAGCAAGAGAUAUGAGCGUGACAGCGCUCUGCAUCGACACAGGCGCACAGGGAGGAAGAUUAUGGCAUGGGGUCUACCCAUGCCUGAGAUACCCGAGGUUGACUUUGAUUUGCCGGAGGAAUACCGUGGUGAAGAUACCCUCAAGGCUCGCGCGAGGCAGCAGCGCCGCGAACGAAGACGCAGCAAGCAGUGA